AUGAGUAAGAAAUCGAAGAGAACCUCUGCGCCGGCACCUAUGGAGAUUCCCCGGCCGGUGGUUCAGCCUGUUGGCGCCCCGGGCACUCAGCCCGUUCAACCAGCAUCCAUCCCUUCCAUGUUCGGACCCGGCAUGUGGUGUCCGCCUUGCCCGCUGCAGUGUUUGCCUCCUUCAUCCGCACCAUUCUGGUUCGGUGGCGGCAUACAGCAACCAGGCAUGGCAGGUUCGUCAGCUCAGCAACCAGGCAUGGCUGGUUCGUCAACUCAAGGGGCUUGGUGGACACCUGCUGUUGCUGGUAUUGGUGGCUCAAGGCAUUCUUGGCCUACGGCUGACAGUCAAGAAGAUUCUGAUGUGCUAGUAUGGGGAUUAGAUUCUCACCCUCCUGGUGGUUUUGUUAAUAUGUUGAAGAGCACACCACAAGUUGCAAGCAAUAGGACUGCAUCACAGGCAAUCCAUAUUGACAGUGACAACAAUGAUGCUGAUCACAGUAGGUCUGAAAAGCGCUUGACAUGGACAAAAGAGGAGGAUUUAAAUUGGAAAGCUAAAGAGCUGCGCAAGAAAAAGAAAAAGGACCAGCCUUCUAUAAUAGAUAUCGAAGAUGAGCUUCACAGCUUUUUAGAUGCUCAAAAAGCUACAAAUGAAGGGCAUAUAGAGAUGUUAGAAACACAAAGGCGUGUGUCUAGUGAGAAGCUUGAAUCUCGGAGGCUUGCUCACCUUGCAGCAAAAGAAAACAAGGAGGCAGUUAUGCUAGAAACAUAUCGAUCGUUACUGACGCAUGACACAACUGGAAUGGAUGAAGAUGUGAAAGCCGAGCAUGUGUUGGCAUUGAGGUGCUUGAGGGAGAGCUUAUUUAAAAAAAAUGACUAA